CGCUGCCAAUGGGCCUUGCCUCCUACACCGAGCCUUGGCGUCAUUCUCGUAGCGAUCGUCCUUGCGUUCGAAAAACCUCUACACCUGGGCAAUCAUCGCGGGCUGUGUCCAAGACACGAAAGAUAAAAAUAGAGCAGGGCAGGAUCACAUUCAAACGGAGCGCCUAUCAUUCCUCGUCAUCAAGGUCCGUCCGUCCUAUGGUGGAUGGGGAGCGCAGGUCUGGCUCAUGGCUCCCAUCCACCAUGGGACGGACAGCCCUGUUAAAAAGCAAAGAAGCAAAACACCAAAUCGCAAAGCAUAACCACCAACUCCUAAACCCGAGAAAAGCAAACGAAAGCAACGCAAGAAAGCAGAACUGAAUAGCAAG